AUGGUUGUUGGGCGAGUGAAAUUAGAGUUAGAUGAUGCUGGGAGAAGAACAUUUGCAGGGAGUGGGAGGAACCCAGGUAGGUAUCAUUCUGUUGUCACUAUUCUGGAUGAGAUCUCAGUUUACCCUGCUUUUCCCUCUCACGCAGUUUACCCUUCCCUGGAGUCUGAUGAUGAUGACCCUGCUUUGAAAUCUCGACACAAGAAAAAGAAGAAUUCAGAUGAUGCUCCGUGGAGUCCUAAAGCCCGUGUGACCCCAACCUUACCGAAGCAGGACCGUCCUGUGCGUGAGGGGACCCGGGUAGCUUCCAUUGAGACAGGCUUGGCUGCAGCAGCUGCAAAGUUGGCCCAGCAGGAGCUACAGAAGGCCCAAAAGAAGAAAUAUAUCAAGAAGAAGCCUCUGUUGAAGGAGGUAGAACAGCCUCGCCCUCAAGAGCCCAAUCUCAGCAUGGCAGUACCAGCCCCAACUCUGGCUGCUACACCCCAGCUUCUUACCUCCUCAUCGCCCCUGCCUCCUCCUGAGCCUAAACAAGAAGCGCUCUCAGGAAGUCUUGCUGACCAUGAGUAUACUGCUCGUCCCAAUGCCUUUGGCAUGGCCCAAGCAAACCGCAGUACCACACCCAUGGCCCCAGGUGUCUUCCUGACCCAGCGACGCCCUUCAGUUGGCUCCCAAAGCAAUCAAGCAGGACAAGGAAAGCGUCCCAAAAAGGGCCUGGCUACAGCAAAGCAGAGACUCGGCCGUAUCCUGAAAAUCCACAGAAAUGGCAAACUGCUUCUGUGAGCCCCUUUGUCUUCUGCCCCUCACCCCUUCACCCCCAUUGCCUUCUCCAUUGUCAACUCUCGGGGCACUCCUGGAUCCUACCUGCCCUGGACAAGGUGCUGAGGUGCAUUGUCCUGCUUUCUUGGAACUGACCAAAGGCACGGACUCUCCCAUGGGCCCCUUCACCUACUCCCACAGCUCCCUUCCCCACUUCCACUAGAGCAUCCUGCCUUUCUUUUCCAUAUCUCUGAGUAGCAGGUAAAUUGGAGAGGUUUCCAGCUGACUAGAACCCUCUUUUCUGCUACUCCAAUCCAUUUCCCUUUCACCAGCCUUGUCUGCCCUUUACUCCCAUCCCCACUUAAAGCUGGAAGGCAGUGAGAAGAAGCAUGAGGAGAGCCUGGGCCCCUUGGUGUUUCCCUGGUCAUGAAGUGGGAGGCCCAGCACUCAACACUUUCUGCAGCUCUAGCCCUAUCUCCAGAAGCCUACCCAUCUCUGCCCAUUCUCCUUCAUCCCCUCAGCCCAGUGGAUGUGUCUCAUUCAAGACUCAUUCCUGGGAGAAGGCUCUGGCUUCAGCCCCCUCUUGCCAAAUGCUUCAUGGAAAUAAAGAGGAGGGCCCAGAGUCUUCUUACUGCCCCAUUUCCAGGGUGGCCUAGAAAGCCCAUGGGCUGACUUCAUUCAUCUUUGGAAAGAAGAAAGAUUCCUGUCACUCCUCAAGGUGGGGACAGGACCAACACCCAAGACUUUGAUUGAGACUUUGUAGCCUGUUGGAGGAAGCUACUUUUGGGUGACUAUAGACAAAGCCACCUCUCCCAAGGUGAGCUCCAGGGAUUUGCCUGGAGUUUGAGGUCCUGCAGAACAUUAUCCACAUAGCUUUGGCUGGGCACCAGAAGGCAAAAACCAUCUCCCAGAAGCUUGAAAACAUCUGCCACUGAAGCAGAUAGCCCAUGCUCAAUGGCCUGAUCCCUUCACCUAUACCACGGAGCACAGCCUGGACCUUCUGGAGAGGAUGUGGCAGGACAGUUCAUCUUGGAUUCUCCAUCAGGAGCCUCCCUGCUUCUCUCCACACCUUGAGGUCUUGGUCUGAAGAAGGCUACAGAACUCACACUUUCACUCCUGGGGCUCUGUACUCCCAGAUGUCAGGUAGAUACUCAAGCAGAGUGCUGACGGGUCACUCAGAACCCCGAGUGUAGGAGUGGUGAUGCCCUUCUGUAAAGGAGCAGAUCAUCUGGUCCUCCUACCCUCUCUUCCCUUUGUGAAUAUUUCUAUUGUCCAGACAGAGCCCACCCCCUUCCUGGCCCUCCCCCAGCUCCCUCCACCUCCGCCUGUCUUCCCUCCCUGGUGACCUGGACUGAAUGGAGAAUGUCUCCCUCUCUCCAUUUUUGGCACUACCCAAGUGGAGUGCCUCCUUGUCCUCUACCCCCCACUUUAAUGUCACCUCAGUUUUCCCAGUGCUUCUGGGGAACCUAACAGCUACCAUGCAGGCUGCAGGGAAUAUAGGAGGCUUCCUUAGUCAUCUUCAUGUCACCAUUUUGUCUUUCUUUUCUCCACAGCCCCACAUCUACUCUCCUUCAUUGGAAUCAGGGGUCCCUUAACCCCAUUUGCCUUUUCUGUCUUUUGGGACCCCAGGGCCAAGCAGUCCUCCAUCUAGUCACACCAAAGGCAGAAAAGCCUGGCUACCUCCCCCCUAGCACUUGAGGUUACCACUCCCUUCCCCUCUGUUUCUGCCCAGCUUUGCUUUUCUUGGGGAUUUCAGAGCAACAGAAGGUAGUGACGGGAGGGAAGGAGGGCAGCCUGUGUCCCUGUGUAGGCAACUGCCUGACUAGGCCCUGACUGCUUUAACCAAGACCAGGACCCCAGCCCUUCUGCCCAUUAACAACCUCCUCCCCUUGCUCUUUCAAAGGCAGCUAAUUACUAGCAUAUUCCCCCUGGUUCCAGGCCUCUUUCCCCUCUGUUUCUUUGUUAAAAGUUUCUGUGGAGCUGAAACCCAACCUCAGUUUGACUGGGUUUCUGUUUAAUUUAGUUGGGCUCUCAGAGCCUGCUGUUUGUUGUUUUGUGUUUUAAAUGAAAAGCAAGUUUACCCUCAGAUUUAUGCUUUUCCAAAGAGGCUAGUGUAUUUUUUUUUUAAUGUUUCAGGUUCUAAGUGAGUUGGGAAGGGAUUGGGAGUGGCCAUAACCAAGGUUUAGAACAUGGUGAGAGAGUACCUCUGGUCUCUAAUCCCCAGCACAGAGCUGGGGGUUGGAAAGGGGGAAGGGAGAGAGGAUUUCUAUUUACCUUUAAUAUAUUUUUACAGAAAAGCAAUUUAAAAACAAACCCACCGCUUCUGUACAUGUCUAAAUAUAUUUUUAGAAGUGGGUAGGAUUGUGAAUUUCUGAUGCAGGGCCUUUUUAUAAACAGGUUAGAAUAGCAUCAUACAGACUUCUCUGUUGUUUUUUUUCCCCCUGUUUUUUUCUUAUGUUGUGUUACUAAUGUAAUUUAUAUUUUUUUUGAUCCUUCUUUUCCUAUAGAGAUAAAAGUGAUUUAUCUUGGCAAUUGCUUUGCUCGGCAUUCUUUUUUUUUUUUUUUUUGGUGGUGGUGGGAGUGAUGGGGUGUUGGGGUCCAGGAGUAUUGCCUUCUCUUUACAUUCCCUCUGUCUCUUCCAUCAACUCAGCUCUUCCCUAGUGCCCAGCCUUAUACCUGAGGUGGGGAUGGGAUAGGAUCCCUGCCCUCACAGGAGACACAGUUCAUACACCAAAAACAGAUAAUCGAAAGUACAGUGAGCAGAAAAUCGUGCAACAAUUCAAAGGGGCCUGACAAGUUUGUUGGGAAGGCUUUCCAUAGCUUCCAUAGGCUAUUUUUACUGGCUAUACCUGUAUCUUCUUUCUGUGAAUGUGGAGUUGUGGGGUUUUUAUUUUUUAUUCCCCUUCUGUCUCUCUGACAUACUUCUCCAUACUGCACUUGAUUACUGUGUCUAGGGCCACUGCAAAGAAUAUAAUUAUUAGAGCUAGCAUAUCAUGCUUAUUUCCUUGUGCUAGACGUUGCUCUUAGCAUUCUAUUUAUAUUCAUUUCAUCGUCUCCAAUAGCUUCAUCCUACUGAUGAAGGAAUAGGCAAAAGAAACUUCUGGCAUCACAUAUCUUACAAAGUGGAGCCAACCUGGUUCCACACUCUGUGUUCUUAUCCUAUCACUCUGUUCUAGCACCUCUCACUGAUAACUGCUACCAUUUAAGUGCCUUUUCUGUGCCAAGGGUUGGGCUAGGGAUUUUACCUGGGAUAUGUCAUUUAAUCCUCACUGACAACCCCAGGAGAUAGUUAUUAGCCCUAUUUUAUAGUGAAGGUGACUGAAGCUUGCCACUGGCCUUCCAUAGCAGGAUCUGCCUGACUUGAAAAUCCAUGUUCUUUCCUCUCAUAAUGUUAGAAGAUUUUAGCAGCUCAGUGACCCAGUAAAUGUUUAUUGAGCAUUUGUGCACGAUGUAGCAUUGAGAGUGUGUCCUGAGGAGAGCCUCAGGGGUGAUGUUGGAAGCCUCAGUUCCAAAUUUACCACCACCUGGACUCUCUCUCUGACCAAAGGCAAGCUGCUUACUGUCUGAGGGUCACUGUAAAAGAAGUUUGAACCCAAUCAGGAUUUCUUUAUCUUGGA